CGACUUGAUCGUGUCUAUCUGCCUGAGCCUCUCACUACAAAUUUCCACAACCCUUGUUAGAACAACGAAAAUGGCCGUCUCUAGCCUGGACCAACCCGCGGCCCCAUCCCUCGGGCUGCGAUCUCAGAGAUCUACCCAUCGCCUCAACCAGAUCGAAAAACUUCGUGCCAAUGGUAUUGGCGAUUUGGUUGACUUGCCUCAACUUGUCGUAUGUGGCGACCAGUCCGCUGGCAAAAGCUCCGUGCUAGAGGGCAUUACUGGCAUACCUUUCCCUCGUCAAGAAGGUCUUUGUACCCGAUUUCCCACGGAGAUUGUUCUCCGUCACUCCAGUGAGCCAUUUAGGGCGAAGGCCACUAUUCGGCCUCACUCCUCUCGCCCGCCAGGUAUUGCACAGACUCUCAGCAGCUAUGAGCGCGCGAUGGAGGAAGACCUCUUCGAUCUUCCUGUCGCCAUUGAGGAGGUAUCUCAGCUUAUGGGGAUACGUGGCUUUACCGACUCUCCUGAUGAUGCCGCAUUUGCAUCUGAUGCGCUGCGCAUUGAGAUUUCGGGGCCCACGGGAUUACAACUGAGCAUUGUUGACCUCCCUGGCCUUAUUUCAGUCUCCAACGAAGAACAGUCCCAAGCCGAUGUGGAAGCUGUCCAUGCUAUGGUUCGGAGCUACCUCAAGAGCACCCGGACCAUCAUCCUCGCUGUGGUUCAGGCCAGCAACGAUUUCGCCAACCAAGGCAUAAUCAAAAUCGCCCGCGAGUACGACCCAGACGGACAGCGGACUGUCGGUAUAAUCACCAAGCCCGAUCUCAUCAAUGCUGGAGCUGAGGCCAAGCUUGCCAACAUCGCCAAGAACAAGGACGCUAUCAAGCUCAAGCUCGGCUUCUUUCUUCUCAAGAACCCUAGUCCAUCGGAGAUGAAGACCGACAGUGGCAACAACAGGCGCGCAGAGAGGGAGAUGAAUUUCUUCUCUUCUCCAGCCUGGAAGGCUCAGAAUCUCGACAUGAGCCGAGUUGGCAUUGAGAACCUGAAAAUUUUCUUGCAAGAGCUUUUGGAUGAGCACCUCGAGGGGGAGCUGCCCAAACUGAAGGAUGAAAUCAGACGCAAACUUGAUUGGUUCGAAAAGGACCUUGAAGAUAUGGGCCCUGAACGUCGGUCCCUCGGUGAUAUUCGAUCUUUCAUGACCAACGUCAGUAUGCGCUACUACCAGCUGGCUCAGGCGGCCCUAGAUGGGAACUAUCACUGCUCCGAAGCCGCCUUCUUUAAUGAAAAGAAUGGAAGCAGACUUCGCUCCUUGAUUCAUCAGCGGAACGGUGCUUUCGCAGGGAAAGUCCGUGAAGAAGGUCACAAGCGCAAAAUUACCGACAGUCCACCUACGCCCCGGUCAGAGGAUGAUUCCAGCGGUAACAGCGGCCAGCUUUUUGUGACACGAACCGAAAUGGUAUCCUGGAUUCGGGAGACUUACAUUAAAACCAGAGGUCGUGAGCUUCCUGGCAACUACAACCACAUCUUACUCGCUGAACUUUUCCACGAGCAUUCCAGUCCGUGGCGCAAUCUCGCAAAAGAUCAUGUUUCCGCUGUUCUAGAGUGCGUCUCAAAAUGGAUCCGUGAAGCGGUGUCUUCGCUAUUUCACGAAGAUCGUCUGAGCAGAGACAUCAAUAGUCUCUGUCAAGAGAAGCUAGAGCUUUCUAGGAAGAUUGCAUUCAAGGAGCUUGAUCAAAUAUUCUUGGACGAGGACCGUCAUCCAAUUACGUACAAUCAUUAUUACACCGAUAACAUUCAAAAGGCUCGCAACGCAUCACAGAAAGACCUGCUGGAGAACUCGCUCGCCAUGCUUCCCGGACGCAGCUUCAAACCUUACGACGAUGGUGACAGAAAGGUUCUGGUUGAAGAAUUGCAACCCAUGCUCUGCGUUGAUAUGGAUCAGCAAGCAUGUGAAGAGGCCCUUGCGGGUCUCAAUGCUUACUACAAGGUUGCGAUGAAGACGUUCGUGGACAACGUGUGUAGACAAGUCAUUGAACGCCACAUUUUGGCUCCGCUGCCAGAGAUUUUCUACCCCACGACAGUCUCGCAAUUCUCCGAAGAUGAGCUACUGCGCAUUGGGUCGGAGCCGGAGAAGCAAGUCGCUCGACGGCAAAGGCUAGAGGCGUCUGCGCAAGGAUUACGGAGUAGCCUUCGAGAAUUGCAGGGCUUAUCAGGUUAG